AUGGUGCCGGUUACUGUCUUGUCACUCUCUUAUCAGCCUACUGACAAUAUGCCAGAAACCUCCAGUGGGGUUUCAGAUAGAAAGCAGCUGAUUUUAUUGUUUCAAAUGCAUCGUGCAACGGGCCAAAGGCCGUGCAGGGACAUGCAUGUUCUGCAUGUGCAUGUACAUCCUUUAAGCCUUUAUUUGGCGUUGAUAUCAGAGCCCUUAUCCACCAACCGGGUGAAUUCGUUUGGUUCUGUUAUGGAACGUUGUAUGCCACCCACUGAGGGGACGAAAAGGAUAGUGAGUGCGCACAAAGUGGACCUUAAUGGGAACUGGACGCGAAAAGGGGCAAGCAGCCGAAAAACGGAAACGAGUCAACCGCUUUCUGUUCUUGUUUAUUGUGCGAGAGAUACUUACUGGAAGAUUAUUCGUGAUGUAGUGAGAAAGUGGUAUUUUUCGAUAGAAAAAUGGUUUCUCACUGCGCUUUCUUCCGUGCUUUGCUUUCUACCUGUUCCUGAAAGUGCAGUUCGACCGUGA